GGCUCUGGAGCUAGGCUGGGGGGAUAUAGGCUCUGGGCAGAUUUAAAUGAGGCAGGCUGGUCAUGUGGGGGAUCAACUUCUGAAACUCAGCCUAAUCCUUUGGAGAAGGAGAGAGAGAGAGAGAGAGAGAGAGAGAGAGAGAGAGAGAGAGAGGCGAAGAGAUUGUACUUUGACCAACUGUACACAGGCACUAAUUACAGAUUGGAGCCCCAGGCAGCGACAACUAGAAGCUGUGUGUGCGUCCGUGGAACCUACAAACACACACUUAUCCAACUUUCUCAAACUUGGCUUGAACUCCUGGACACAUACUCGUUGGAACCUUGAACACACUCCUUCCCAGUGUGUGUUGGUCUUCCAGUAACCAUGGCUCAGUCUGAACCUAAUGGCCUCAGCCCGGACCUCUCCAAUGGAGCCAUCAUCCACAGCCCUAUAGGAACCUGUACCGACCCGGACAGACAGAGACAACGAGAUGAAGAGGAGGAGGAGGAGGAGGAUGUAGAACUAGCAGAGGAGGUGUUAGAACUGGGGGAGGAGGUGGGCGAGGACAUGGAGGACAUUGGGAUGACAGGUGAGGGGGAAGGUGCAGCUGAUCAUUUCGAAGUGACGAUGCAAGCUAGCGGGAGCGGAGGAAAGGAGGGAGAGGAGGGGGAGAGGGGGAUUGAAGAGGAGGUUGGUUUACAGGAAAAGAGAGAGGGAGAUAAAGGGGAGGGGGAGCGGACCGUGCCAGUUGUUGUAAUUGAAGAGGAGCAGGAGAAAUCUGUAGAGGCUGUUGAAGAAGAGAAGUCCGCUGAGAGAGAGGAGUCAGCAGGGGCGGACAAAGAGAGAGAAAUAGAGGAGAGAGAACCUCCUCUCCCCCCACCACCCCCUAGUUUACCUGAAACGGAGUCCAUUAAUGAUGAGGUAGAGAGGAAAGACGAGGAGACAUCUUCAGAGGCAGAAAAGGCACAAAUCGUUUUGCCUGUUGAUGAGACAGAGAAGACAGACGACGAUGUCAGUUUGACGACAACAGAACCGCCAGUCCCGUCCACUAAUGAUGAGGUGGAGAGUAAAGAAGAGCUGUGUACAGAGAGUCGAAAGCCAGAAACCACAUCCACUACAGAUGAGUUAGCGAAGGGAGAGCAGAGUGGCGGUCAGGACGCAGAGAUGCCCAUCAGCCAGGUGACUAAUGAUGAUGGCAUGGCGAGAGUGAGUGAUGAAAGCGGGAGUCAAGUGACUGAGGACUGUCAAACUGUGUCCACUAGUGAUGUGGUCAGAGAGACACGGCAGGAGGAAGGACAGGAAGAGGAGCCUAAACAUCAGCCAGCCAAUGACAAUGAAGGAGAGAGUGAGGAAAGUAACAAUAAAUUGGCAAAAAAUCGACAGGUUUCACAAAAAGAGAGGGAUGAGAACCAGCAGGGAAGUGAGAAGAGUACAGAGAAAAAAAAGGAGGUUAAAAGCCCUGUUACAGAGGAACAGGGAGAGACAACUAAAGCAGUUUUAGAGAAAAAAGAGGAGGGGCAUCAAGCGACAGAGCACCAGCCCCCGUUGUUCGUUACCAAGGACUUCAUAGAGCUUGGAGUCGUCAAGAGUCAGGCAACCACGGCUCAACAACCACAGGAUGUUGUCACUCCACCUGUUGAGGUAGAGGGAGGGAGCAAGGCACAGCCACUGAUACAGCCCAAUGAGAGUCAGGAGGGUGAGAACGGCUCUAAAGAGGAGGGAGGUUUACAACAGACAGAACAGCAGCUACAGGUGGAAGAGGGUGACAGUGAUAGGGCAGUGAAGGGAGGUGGUGGGGAGAGGGAAGAGCCGCAACAGGUUGGGGAUAAUGCGGUGGUAGGGAUGGACACAGGAGGCAGCAAAGUAGAGGAGGAGCAAAAGAAGGAGGAUAAUGUAGACAUAGCAGAGGAAGAGAGAAGAGGUGGCGGUAUGGAGGAACAGACGGAAAAGGCUUUGGAGCCUGAUAAUGCUGCCAGAGAAGAGGGGGAAGAGAAAGAAGGCAAAGUUGUAGCUCAGCCACAGGUACAGAUACUCAAGGGUUCAGCAGCAGGAGCUACACAGGAGGAUGACGACAAGGAUUUAGAGCAUGUCGAGGAGGCUUUUGAGCUUGAGGAGGGAGGAGACAUGGAGAAAGAACAGCCAGGAGAGGUCAUUCUGGAUGAGCCCGGAGCUGCAGAGGUGGGAGGGGCUGAAGAGAUGCAUAAUCCGGUCCCGGUCUCAGAGAUAGGGACGGGAGGAGCAGAGGGAGGGGGUGAGUUGGAGGAACAGCCAGUGACAAACAUUGACGAUAAUCUAGACUCACAAUCAGAGGGAGCGAUUGAGAUGGCGGAAGAGCCAGAUGAUCUCAUUGAGGAUGAUUCUAAAUCUGCAUUAGAGGGAGGCAGCAAGAGAGUAGAACAGCCAGUGCCUGCCACUAAGGAUGAGCCAGUAAAGUUCGGGAAGGAAUACACAGCGAAGGAACGAAGGAAAGAGAAGAAAGAAGAGGUGGAGCUAGGGGUCAAAGGUCGCAAAGCCAGGAUAGAGAAUGGUUUCCCUGGAACAGAGGAGGUGAAACGACAACUCCUGAAUGAGAUGCUGCUAUCUCCCACAAGGCUGAGACAAGCAGAAAUGAAAGAGGAGGCGACAGUAAAAAGAGAUAGGGUGACACCCCGCAGAGGGAGCAACGACUGGAUCAAGAAGGAGGCCCCAGAGGAGGUGCAGACCCGCAGAGGGAGCAACGACUGGAACAAGAAGGUGGCCCCAGAGGAGGCGCAGACCCGCAGAGGGAGCAAUGACUGGAUCAAGAAGGCAGCCCCAGAGGAGGUACAGACCAACAGAAGGAGCAACGACUGGAACAAGAAGGUGGCCCCAGAGGAGGUGCAGACUCGCAGAGGGAGCAAUGACUGGAUCAAGAAGGAGGCCCCAGAGGAGGUGCAGACUCGCAGAGGGAGCAACGACUGGAACAAGAAGGUGGCCCCAGAGGAGGUGCAGACUCGCAGAGGGAGCAAUGACUGGAUCAAGAAGGCGGCCCCAGAGGAGGUGCAGACCCGCAGAGGGAGCAAUGACUGGAACAAGAAGGUGGCCCCAGAGGAGGCGCAGACCCGCAGAGGGAGCAACGACUGGAACAAGAAGGUGGCCCCAGAGGAGGCGCAGACCCGCAGAGGGAGCAACGACUGGAACAAGAAGGCAGCCCCAGAGGAGGAGCAGACCCGCAGAGGGAGCAACGACUGGAACAAGAAGGUGGCCCCAGAGGAGGCGCAGACCCGCAGAGGGAGCAACGACUGGAACAAGAAGGUGGCCCCAGAGGAGGUGCAGACCCGCAGAGGGAGCAACGACUGGAACAAGAAGGCAGCCCCAGAGGAGGAGCAGACCCGCAGAGGGAGCAACGACUGGAACAAGAAGGCGGCCCCAGAAGAAGCGCAGACCCGCAGAGGGAGCAACGACUUGAACAAGAAGGCGGCCCCAGAGGAGGCACAGACCCCCUGGAGGAGGGAGGACUGGGCCAAGAAGGAGGCCCCAGAGGAGGUGCAGACCCGCAGAAGGAGCGAUGACUGGAUCAAGAAGGCCCCAGAGGAGGCACAGACCCCCGGGAGGAGGGAGGACUGGAUUAAGAAGUUGUCUCCAGAGGAGGCGCAGACCCCUGGGCGGAAGGAGGACGGGAUUAAGAAGUUGUCCCCAGAGGAAGCACAGACCCCCGGGAGGAGGGAGGACUGGAUAAAGGAGCUGAAGUCGGUGCUCAAAGAGGAGGUACUUUCCCCGAAGAGGAGAGAGGAGCCGGUGAAGAAAAAGAAGAAGAAGGUGGUGGUCAUGGACGAGGUGCCCACGUUCAUGCACCAGAGGACAGAGGUGAAGAAAGAGAAGAAGAAGGUGGUGGUCAUGGACGAGGUGCCCACGUUCAUGCACCAGAGGACAGAGGUGAAGAAAGAGAAGGAGGCGCAGGGGGAGGAGAAGACGCCAAAGAAGUCUGUGAGGCUGCAGAGCCCAACUCCUCACGGGGAAGACAGGGACAGUCCGGAGCCCCAGGAGUACGAGAUCUCCCUCUAUGUCAAGGCUGGCAGUGAUGGUGAGAGCAUCGGGAACUGUCCGUUCUCCCAGCGCCUCUUCAUGAUCCUGUGGCUGAAGGGAGUUAUCUUCAACGUCACCACAGUCGACCUCAAAAGGAAACCGGCGGACCUGCAGGACCUGGCCCCGGGGACCAACCCUCCGUUUGUCACUUUUAACGGGGAGGUGAAGGUCGACGUCAACAAGAUAGAAGAGUUCCUUGAGGAAAAACUCACGCCACCACGGUACCCCAAGUUGGCGACUAAACACCCAGAGUCAAACACUGCAGGUAUAGAUGUGUUCUCCAAGUUCUCUGCCUACAUCAAGAACCCCCGCAAAGAUACCAACGACGGCCUGGAGAAGGCCCUGUUGAAGUCUCUGAGGCGGCUGGAUGAAUUUCUGAGGGCCCCCCUGCCGGAGGAGAUCGAUGCCAACAGCACAGAAGACCCUCAGGAGUCCACACGCUGCUUCCUGGAUGGACCUGACCUCACACUGGCAGACUGCAACCUGCUGCCCAAACUACACAUUAUAAAGGUGGUGGCCAGGAAGUACCGUGGCUUUGAGAUCCCGGCGGAGAUGGCGGGGGUGUGGCGCUAUCUGAACCACGCCUACAAGAGGGAAGAGUUUACUAACACCUGUCCUGUUGAGCGCGAAAUCGAAUUUGCCUACAUAGAUGUGGCCAAACGAAUCAAAUAGCGAGAGGGGGAGGAGGGAGAGACUGAGAAGGCCCAAUCCCAAAUUGUGUGUGUGUGUGCGUGUGUGUGUGUGUCUUUGUGCACUCACAGGUUGGGUUGCACGGCACUCAUAUGUAGUGUCAUGGCUGCUGUGAAUGUAAGACCACUAGACAGAGAGGUCUGCAUCCAUUUCACAUCCAGUCCUUGCGGUGCACUAUAAUAUAGGUAUAUGGUUUCAUUGAAGACACAGACACUGUUAGAAAUCUAGAGCACGAACUCUAACAGAGUAUAGUACUAUCUACUAAUACUGCAACAUUGUAAAACUGUCCUAAAGCAGCCAUAAGCAUUCAUUAGAGUGUUAUAACCUCUGUGUCUUAGAGGAAUAGCAGAGCACAGGUAGACACGCCAUACUUAUAUGAAUGUGCAACACUUUGGCCUUGACCACAGUAUUAACCUAUAUCUAAAAAUGAACAUACAUAUACUUUAUAAAUUCACUUUUCUUUAGUUUCUCCCCCGUCUUAUUUUGGCUAUCUAUGGGUGAAUAAUAAUCAAUAGUAAAAAGCUUUUUGAUGUCAAGGUCUGACUUUUCUAUUUGUACAUUUUGUAUAAGCAAAUCUGCUUUAAUACCAUUUAUAUCGAAUUCUAUUGAUCAUAACAUCACCUGUUCGGGCCUUCCUGAACAUGCAGGUUGAAUCGGAAGCCAUUUUGAUUGUGGCGGAAGUGUGUACUGUAUCUCUCCAUGCACCAAACAAAUACUGACACAACCCUGUGUACUCGCCUUAUAAUCCUCACCAGAGGAGACUUUAUUAAACUGAUUUCAGAACAGUGA